AUGGUCCGUCCGACACAGCUAGCUGAGAUGUAUGGGGAUUUCAGCAAUGUUGAUCCUCGGCUGGUUGUUGCUCUUGAGAAAAUCCAUGCCGAGGACCCAAGAUAUAAAGAGCCUGAGGUGCCAGAGUUGACAACAACGGAUCCAGAGGAAGGCAUCUGCAUUGUGUGUCGCUGUGCCUGGUUUCUUCCCCUGCAGUUUGGGCCUUGUGGGCAUGUGUUCUGUGCUGAGUGUCUUUGGAAUGUGCUAUUCUCACAUGCUUCUGAUGCCGACCCCUCCUGCAUGCUUUGCCGCUCUACACAACCCGACUUCAGAUACCGAUCCGAAAUACAGACCAUCUCCGCUGACCGAUCUGAUUUUGACCGGGGGAGGAUCUACCUCAUUAUACUCUUCAUGAAACUACAGCUUCUUCAUGGUGCAUGGUUUGACUGGGAUAUGGGAUCCGACGAGUAUAAGAUGUUUGAGGUGAACAGGGAUACGGAUGUGGAGGACAUCCAGGGGAUCAACACAGAGACUUUGACUGGGCUUCGGGAAGAGGAAGACCACUGGGCGACCAGACCCGCGGAGGAAGGAGAUAAUGAUCAGGAGGAAGAUAGCGAGGAGGAGCACCCAGGUCUUCUGGAGAUGAUACUGCAUAGAAUCCCAGUUCAUGCUUUAUGA